CUGAGACUUCACCAGAAAACACCUAGCACAACAAUCAUUUCCUGAACGGUUUUCAGAAUUCUCCAAUCCUUCCAUCAUCACCAAAACUUAAUAAAGUCCGUUUCCUCAAACUCGGCAGUGAAGCACAAAUUUACUUUUUCCUGAAAUGUACUUUCAGCCUCUGAUUUUACAUGUUAAGAUUUUCUACACACAGAACAUAUGAAGAGCUUAUUAUGAGGCUUAGCUAUAGAUUUUAAAAAUGAAGUUUUAACGAUGACAACAAAUGACGUCAUCACGGCGCGACGGCACCGUAGGUGUAAACAUGAGACCGCGGUGUGUGCGUGUAAAUAUUGUAGCCGUUUAAACCACAGCGGUAAAUAAAGGCUGCUGGGUGUGUUUAAACUUUGAUUACACACAGCGGCAGUUGCUGUAGCUUUGGUCCCAAUAGACAGCUGUUAUUCUACCCGUCCUGAGUGUCUGUGAAUGUUCUCAUUCAUCCUGAUGAAGCCCCUUGGAUAAGAGGCGAAACGUCUUCCCGGACAAACAUAUGUCCAGUACCCGUCCUGAGCUCCCCUGAGCCGGUCUGAGCCGUAGCAUUUAGCCGUGAACGGUCCGUUUACCGAUGGAGGAGCCGCCGCAGCUUCCACCGGAGAUCUGGGUGUACGUAUUCAGUUACCUGAGCACGGAGGAGAAACACACGCUCCGCGUCUGCUGCAGGUACCUCAAGAAGCUCAUCGACCACCCGUCCCUGUGGAGGGACUACACGGUAGUGCUGUCCGACCUUCGCCGGUACACCUGCGGAUUCUGGGACACCCUGCGGCACCGCAAGCUCACCCGGGUGGCGGUGCGACACCUGCGGCGCAAAGAGUGGCGGCGGCUCGUCAAGUUCCUCCCGUCGCUCACUGCCAUUGUAUUCGUGGACGGAGGGCGGCUGUACAAGGAGAAAUACCUGGAUAACCUGUCGCGGUUCCCCGACCUGAGGGACCUCGGGGUGCGGAACGCCACCUGGGAUGAGGCGAUGCUGGGGCGGACUGUGAGCGAGCAGCUGCGGGAGCGGCUGACUCACCUGAGCGUGUGCAACGUCCGGCUGCCCUGCACGGUGGAGUUCAUAAACACCGUGUCGCACCUGGUCAAUCUGCGGUACUUGCUCUUCCACCAGCAGGGGGAGGGCUACGGGCUGGACACAGUCAGACCGGUGCCCUGCGGGGUCUUCCACAACCUGCUGCUCAACCUGAAGAAGCUGAAGCACCUGUCCUGGGGGAUGAGGGGGGAACCGCCAGAGCCGCUGCCCGACGACUACCUCAGCCCCCCGGACCCGCAGCAGCCAGGAUCGGCCCGGUACGGCGGCCCGGCGCUGACCAGUCUGGAGCUGGUGGAUUACCCAGAAACCAUCCUGCCGGAGAAUGCCCUGAGGAGUCUGACCUCGCUCAGGUCACUGACUGUCCGCUACAGGUACAUCAGAGAGGGCAUCGAGUGUCGCCUCAGGUCCUGGCUCAGUCCUCUGCAGCAGCUGGAAACACUCACCAUUAUCGGUGGCAAUUCUCUCGCUACGUACACGACCACCAUCCCGUCCAGCGUGACCAGACUGACGCUGCGUGUGGCCAUAACUCUGAAAGACAUGGACUCCAUCGCUCCUAAAGUCCUGGCACUGGAGCACCUUGACAUUGAGCAGAACCGCUCCAGCGGCAGCCUCUGCAGACGAAUCCCCAUGCUGUUCCCUCAGCUCAGGACGCUCAGGAUACGGUUUUUCCGUAGAGAACCAGAGAAAGACCUGCUGAGCCUCCACCGGCUACGCCACCUGGUGCAGCUGGAGCUGCUGGUGGAGCGCUCGUUCAUCCUCAGAGAUUACCUGAACGGUCACCCCUGGCCCAGCCCCUGCGUCGAGGAGCUGAUCAACCAGCUCCGAGAGCUGUCCGAGAACCGGAUCACCGUCAUCACCACGAUGCGCCAGAGAAAUCCUCUACGAGAAUGUGACUGUGUGUGGGAGGGCGACUGAAGAAUGGCAGAAUAUGAAAACUGGAAAAGUAGUUUUUGUCCUCCUGAAGUGAGAAGACGACAGAGUUGGGAAGGAAAGCACACAGGUUACAGUGAAUCGAAAAGACGUUAACAACCUGAGGUGACUGCUUCCUGCUGACAGCAACAGAUGCUGCCUGUUUUCUAAUGAAGUAAAAGGUGUUUGUGCUUAUGUUCAUUUAUGUUUUUACUGUCUUUAAUUUUAUUUAUCUUUUACCGUAACACUGCGGGCCUAGGGAGCACUGCAAUUUCAAAACCUGUGUAUGACCUGUACAAUAAAGUUGACUUUGACUUUGACUUUGAAAGGUAUUAAGACAUAAACGAGGCAUCGUAAAGGUCUUUAACCUUAAAAUCAUAAAUCUCAUUAAAGUGCCUGAAUAUCAUAAUUAAAGUCCCUGAAAAUGAAGCAGUAGUGACCAUGGAUUCCAGGGUCCGUCUGAGUUCUGAGCUGUUCAACAAAGUUAAUCCACCAAAGCUUUUGUCAGAAAGGAGAUGCAGGAAACAGACGGAAG